AUGCCCAGGCCGAGGUGCUACCUGGACAUCUCCAUAGGAGGCGAGCUCGAGGGUAGAAUCGUCAUCGAGCUCUACAACGACGUCGUCCCGAAAACCGCGGAGAAUUUCCGCGCCCUCUGCACCGGCGAGAAAGGCAUUUCCCCCACCACCGGCGUCCCCCUCCAUUUCAAGGGAGUUGGUUUCCACCGCAUUAUCAAGGGGUUUAUGAUCCAAGGCGGGGACAUUUCCGCCGGAGACGGGAGCGGCGGAGAGUCGAUUUACGGCGCGAAAUUCGAGGACGAGAAUUUCGAGAUUAAGCAUGAGAGGAAGGGGAUGGUGUCGAUGGCGAAUACCGGGCCGGAUACUAACGGGUCGCAGUUUUUCAUUACGACUACUAGGACUCCGCAUUUGGAUGGGAAGCAUGUUGUGUUUGGGAGGGUGGUUAAGGGAUUGGGGGUUGCGAGGUCGAUUGAGCAUGUGAUUGCUAAGGAUGAUGGGGAGCAUGUGCCGACUCAGGAGGCUGUGAUUGCGGAAUGUGGAGAGCUGGCUGAGGGGGAAGAUGAUGGGGUGUGUAAUUUUUUUAAAGAUGGGGAUGUGUAUCCGGAUUGGCCGGUUGAUCUUGAUGAGAAGCAUGAGGAGGUUUCGUGGUGGGUUGUGGCUGUGAAUGCGAUUAAGGCACUUGGAAAUGAGCAGUUUAAGAAGCAGGACUAUAAGAUGGCGCUGAGGAAGUAUCGCAAGGCUUUGCGGUACUUGGAUGUGUGCUGGGAGUUGGAGGAUAUCAAUGAAUAUAACAGCUCCUCUUUGCGGCAGACAAAGUCUCAGAUAUUCACUAAUAGCUCAGCUUGUAGAUUGAAAUUAGGAGACCUAGAAGGAGCAUUGUUGGACACAGACUUUGCAUUGCGUGAUUGGGAGGAUAAUGUGAAGGCUAUGUUUCGCCAAGGCCAGACAUAUAUGGCACUAAAUGACAUCGACUCUGCAGUUGAAAGCUUCAAAAAGGCACUGGAAUUGGAACCAAAUGAUGGAGGAAUUAAGAAAGAGCUUCAGGUUGCUAAAAAGAAGGUUGCUGAUAGGAGUGAGAGAGAAAAGCAAGCAUAUUCUAGAAUGUUCAACCAAUGAUGGCUAUGAAACUAGGCUUUGUAGGAAGUGCAAGGAAACUGUCAGAAGACUUGAGGGAAAAUAUCAGUAAUACUCGAGCUUCAAUCAAAUUUUGUUCAAGUAGAUUGACCUUUUGUUAGACUAGUCUGUAGCACUUAAUGCAGUUUAAAACCUAAUAUCUACUUUCUGAAUUUAAAUGAAACUAUCUUAACAGUUCUCUUGGUUUCUGGAAAA